AUCGAAAGUGUUGCAAUUUGAUGUCUUAUCAACAGUGGAGCGACACAUCUGGUCAGCUGGUGGCGAGCUUGGCACACUUGUGGAGAUCCCGUCAGUCCUUCGAAUGAUGCAUGGUGACGGGGCAUGCACCAUGGGGAGAGGAGCGUGUGGUAAGGCGACGUAUCUUCCGUGUCUGCAGAAAUUUGUUCUGAAUCGCGUGAUCGAGACUUCGGGAGCUGUCAUCGCGAGAUUGCGUAAAGCACGUCAACAGGUGCCACGAGGGGGUACUUAUACCCCUGGGCCGGUGGCUCAUGCCGACUUCGUCAAACAGCACGUACGUGCAACACCUAAAUCCAAUCAUAUUUCAGAAGCUACGUUGAUCUAUUGAUUGAUAAGUAAUUGAUGUAUCCAGUGCUGUUUGACUGAGUUGCAAGUUUCAAGGCGAGUGAGGCUGUGAACAUGAUGUACAAUGGAUUUCUGAUCAUGUUUUGGAUGUCAUACUCUGCCCUUCUGUUGUCCUGCCUUCAAAUAGCAUCAGGAGUGAGGCUGGAUGAUCAUUUACUGGUCGGCCCGCCUGCAAACCGGGCGCGUCGCCUCGACCUAAGGCCCGCUCGCCAGCUGGACGGAACUGACCGAAACCGGAUGCCCAUAUGGGACUGCAGUGACCUACCCUACGGCACCGCAAGCGGCGUCUACUCCAUCCUGGAGGGCGCCGGCGGCCCUCCCGUGUGGGCCUACUGCGACUUUAGCGAUCCCGCCGGCUGGACGGUGCUUCAGCGGCGACAGGACAACCCCACGCAGCUCAGCUUCGCGCGCCAGUACGACGACUACCGCUACGGCUUCGGCCAGCUGAACUCGGAGUUCUGGUGGGGCCUGGAGUACAUGUGGCUCAUCACCUCUCGGCACGACCGCGUCUACGAGCUGAAGAUCGAGCUCGGCGACUGGGUCGGCGCCACGCGAUACGCUCUGUACGGCCAGUUCAGCGUCUCUUCACACGAGGGCCGGUUCCGGCUGUAUGCCGCCAACUACUCUGGUGAUGCCGGCGAUUCGCUCAGCUACCACAGCGGUAUGCAGUUCAGCACAGAUGACGAGGACAACGACCUUUGGUCUGCAAACUGCGGUGAGGUCUAUGCAGCCGGCUGGUGGUUCAACAACUGCCAUGAGAGCAACUUGAACGGCAUCUACUACGGCAACAAUAAUCCGACUAGCGGCAAAGAUGGGGUCGUCUGGUACGCCUGGCACGGGUUCUACUACUCGCUGAAGGACGCUGUAAUGAAGAUACGUCCCAGGGUGAAACUGACGUAGGAAAUGAGUGGGAUUGGUCCGGCAAACAUUUACAUAUUGAUGCACAUUGCACACCGCACGGGAUAUAUGAGGUUCUAUGCAUUGGAGGAAGAUCAAUAUGCGGAACUUUCUGGUCCCGUCCACAUCCAACGGCCGGAGACCGGCGCAUCUAUGAAUGUUGGGAAUAUGUAGUUUUGGCUUAGGCAAAUGUGCUGUUGUUUCCAAUGUCCUACUCUUAUUGUCGCUUCGGUCCAAUAAAUAUUUUGUGUGCUUG